AUGAUUAAUUUAAAAAAAUUUAUUCUACAUUCAGUAAUUUACAUACUAUAUAUAUUUCCUUGUAUAAUUAGUUCAACUAAUUUUAGUUCAAAAGAAGAAUAUAUAAAAAAAGAAAAUGUUAAAAGAUCAAUAGAAGAAAUAAAUAAUUUAAAAUAUUAUAAUGAAAAAAUUGAUGAGAUAUCUAUAAAUAAUAGAAAAAAAAGAGACAUGAUAAUUUUACAAUAUAAAUGGACUUCACCAAUUUACUACCAAAUUGGUUACGCAUUGAAAUUAUGGUUAAUAAGAAAAGCAAUAAAUUAUUUAAAAAAAUUAACAUGUCUUAAUUUUGUGUAUGUAACUUCUUCAACAAAUCAUAUUUCGGGUAUCAAAUUUGUCACUUCAUUCAAUUGUCGUGCUUACUUAGGAAGAAAAUUUGAAAAAGGUUGGCAAGAAAUAGGUAUUGGAAAUGAAUGUCAUAAUUUUGGAGGAAUAAUACGUAUGGUUUUACGUACAUUAGGAAUUAUAUAUCAACAUUGUCGGAUUGAUAGAGAUACAUUUAUAAAAGUAUUUCCUGAAAAUAUUGCUGCAGGUAAUGUGGAAGAUUUUCAAAUAUUACUACAAGCCAAUAUUAAUCAAUUAUUUUUACCUUAUGAAUAUGGUUCUUUAAUGCAUUUUGGUACCCUUGAUGGUAGUAAAAAUAGAGAUUAUACAUUGAUGCCUAAAGAUCAUCUUUAUGAAAGUACCGUAGGACAACAGGAAGAACUAACUUUUAAUGAUAUAAAAACUUUAAAUUUUCAUUAUUGUGCUAAUAAAUGUAAAAUAAAUAUUACAUGUUCAAAUCAUGGAUAUCAAGAUCCUAAUGAUUGUUAUAAAUGUAUAUGUCCUGAUUCAUUUGAAGGUUUUAAAUGUGAACGUUACAAAAAACUACUAGGAUGUGGUACAAGUUUAUGGACGGUUCGUAAGCAACCUACAUUUUUCAAGUUUUAUGGAAAAAAAAAUUGUAUGUAUCAUUUAAAGACAAAUGGAUUAAAAAAAAUUAAAAUCGUUAUUUUAAAAAUUAAAAUAAAACCUUUAUAUUCUUUUAAGUGUUCAGAAAGCAAUUCGCUGGAAAUAAAAUAUUGGAAAGAUAAAAGUGUAAUGGGCGCAAGAUUUUGUCAUCAAAAGUUUCCCAAAAUUAUAAAAUCACAUGAUAAUUAUGCUAUUAUACAUUAUAAUAGUUUUUGUGAUACUAGCUAUGCUCAAAUGUAUUUUAUAGAGACAUUCUAA